GGUCUGCGCGCCCCUCCCCGCCGCCGCCGGCGGCCUCCGCGCGGGCCUCCCAGCCCGUAUUCCACUCACUUUGUUCUCCGCCUUUGUCCUAAUCCACACCAGCAGGUGGAGCCGCAGUUAAAGUUUCCGAGUCCAUUCCGGGAGCGGGCGCCCAUCUUGCUCGCAGCCGAGGCCCUCGCUGGAGGAGGAGGGUCAGAGCUCGGCUGCAGCCAAUCGCGGGCAACGCUGCUAGUUAUCAGAGCAGAAUGGGCUGUAGUUUAGUGAAAUAGGAAAGCUGCAAAACACUGUGGAGUGCUCCGGUGUAAAUAAAAAGAGGGGGAAAAAAAAAAGUUUCUCAAGUCGCCGCUGCACGACGUCGGGCCGGCGCCGGGGCGGGGGUCUGCGCUCAGCCGAGCGGCCGCGGGCGGGACUUUAUCGAGCCGCAACGAGCCCCCGUCCCCAUUGUUUGUGUGUUUUUCAAAAUAUGGCAAAGGUUCAGGUGAACAAUGUAGUGGUGCUGGAUAACCCUUCUCCUUUCUACAACCCGUUCCAGUUCGAGAUCACGUUCGAGUGCAUCGAGGACCUGUCUGAAGACUUGGAGUGGAAAAUUAUCUACGUGGGCUCUGCAGAAAGCGAAGAAUAUGAUCAAGUUUUAGACUCUGUUUUAGUGGGCCCUGUUCCUGCAGGACGGCAUAUGUUUGUAUUUCAGGCAGAUGCACCUAACCCAGGACUCAUUCCAGAUGCUGAUGCAGUAGGCGUAACAGUUGUGCUAAUUACUUGUACCUAUCGAGGCCAAGAAUUUAUUAGAGUUGGCUACUAUGUAAAUAAUGAAUAUACUGAGACAGAAUUAAGGGAAAAUCCGCCAGUAAAACCAGACUUUUCUAAGCUUCAGAGGAACAUUUUGGCAUCUAAUCCCAGGGUCACAAGAUUUCACAUUAAUUGGGAAGACAACACGGAAAAACUGGAAGAUGCAGAGAGCAGUAAUCCAAACCUCCAGUCACUUCUUUCAACAGAUGCGUUACCUUCCGCCUCAAAGGGAUGGUCCACGUCAGAAAACUCACUAAAUGUCAUGUUAGAAUCCCACAUGGACUGCAUGUGACCACUUGCCAUCCCUUUAGUACAAAUUAAGCUAUUAAAAAUAAACAGAACUAUUUCCCUGAAAUUCCGUAAGUACAUAGUCAAGACAAAAAUGUGAAGAAAUUUGUUUAAAAACAUCCUGUAGAAAGUUUAUAAGAAAACCAGUAUUUGAGCAAAUUGUGGAAUAUAAAUACAACUAUUUUUAAGUAAUUUCUUCUCUAAUGUGUUAUUUUAUUUGUUAUGAAACUAACCUGAUUAAAGCAUAUAUAUUAU